GGUUGAAUUGCGGUUUCAAAACUGUCUCGGGUGAAGUUUGUGAGAAAGUUGCGAGCGAGAUUACGGCUGAAUUACUGUUUCGCGGGGCGAUAUCUCAAGAACCUUUCGCUAAUUUCAUGAUCAAAAAUGUCUCAUAAACAGAUCUACUACUCCGAUAAAUACACAGAUGAUCAUUAUGAAUACAGACAUGUGGUCUUACCGCAGGAACUGGCCAAAGAGGUGCCCAAAUCCCAUCUGAUGUCCGAGGAUGAGUGGAGGAGACUGGGCGUGCAGCAGUCACUGGGAUGGGUCCAUUACAUGAUCCAUGAACCUGAACCUCAUAUUCUGCUGUUUAGGAGACCUCUUCCAAAACAAUAACGGUGACGUUUCUUCCCUGUUGUUCUGGAACAUUCCUGUGGAUGAAUCUGGUAUUCAGUGAAUACUUACAAACUUAUCACGUUUCUGGACUCCUGUGGCCACGAAGCUGCGUUUAACAGCGUUUAUGCUCGGACAGAGAAUCAAGGGAAUAUGGGAAAUGUAUUUUCAGUGAGAAUUUAAGGGUUCUUAACUCAUCAAAAAUCAUCUGACCAAAAGUGCCUCUUGGGGUAGAAGCUAAACCUUUAAAGAUUUGUGUGUACAAUAAAAGUCUGUGAUGCAUUAUGAGUGUUUAAGAAACCUAAAUCAGUGUUCUUUAUAGCUGAACUAAAUGAAACGUAUUUGGAUAAAAGAUGUACUGUAAGUUCAAAAAAAUGGCUGUGUAUUGGCUGAGACAUUCUCAGGUUGAAACUCUUUGGUUUGCAUGUGAUAUAUUAGGGAAAGCAAUUGUAUACUGUAAAGAUGCUUUAUAAAGUUUAAAUGGUGCUCAUCAUGAAUGAAAGGUGUGCACACUUCUAUAGAGAAAGAGACCUCUCUUAGAGAAUAUCUUAUGAUUAGAAAAAACUGUCUUUAAUUACGACAGCACUAUCUGCAGCUGUGCUACUCGAGACCUUUUGGAAAUCGUUUAUUGUUGACAAGGUUUAUAAAGCAAGAACAAAUAUUUUGACCCUUCAUCACAAAAGUAAUUAUGUCUAUAAUUAGUUGUUUUAUUCUUGAUUAAAUUCUUGCAACUCUUUGUAAUAAAUGCAGCCUUGUACAAGAUUUGUUAGUGGUCUCUUUUCAGUGGAUAGCAGCAUUGCACAAAUUUCAACUCAAGAGGCCGCCACAUCACAACUAAUUCAGUCAAGUCAAUCAGAAGCAUCAUUCUAGUGAGUCGGUUCGUUCUAGCGAUUUGUUUCGAAGAUCACUCCAGAUUUGCAUGUCUUCCGUCAGCAGUUGUUGAUGCACAACACUUUCUAUAGAAAUCUAAAACUGUUGUUAUGCUGUUCUAGCAUGUACUUUUCUCAACAGUUUAUUCAAAUUAAAUCCUGUAGCACUUUUUGCUUCCACAGGAUGAAUCGCUUGUGGUUAUACAAUUUCGGAUCUUUUUAUUAAUAAAAUAAUUGUGGUUAGAGGGAUUCAAUAAUUCCUUAUUUUUUUCAAAAUGAUUAUUUUUUUUAGAAAAAACCAGCGUUUUACAAAUUGUUUAAACGUGCUAAAUAUGAUGCAAUCAUGUACCACCAUUUCUGCCAAAAAUAAGUUAUCAAGGAGCUGGAUACUACAGCUUUAACCCUUAUGCGACCUUCGGGACAUUUUUGUCUUUUUCAUUUUUGUUUUUUCGAUCAUUUUGGCUGUGUUAAUGCCAACGGCAUAAAUGUUGCCAAAGGUGUGUAUUUUUGGGGAAUUUUGAUAUUUCAACCUCAGUUCCUAUAAUACAUCUAUAAUACACUGUGAACACAAAAUAUUCACACUCAGGACCUUCAGGAUAAAAAUGUCCCCAAUGAAACCCAUUAAAACUGCAAUAUUUGAUCCCAGUGCCAUUAAAGCAUAAAAUCAUGAAUUCUAUGAUAUUAUGCUUUUAUUCCAGAGUCCUGGCUUCAAAAUGUAUUUAUUUUAUAUUUUCCACCAGAUGGCGCCAUUUUUCACAUGUUUAGCCUAUGGAGCAAAUACAUGCUUUUUUCCUAUUUUCUGUUUGCUGUAUUAUAGAGCACUGCAGGCCAACUGAAUUAAUGAUGCAGCUAAAAUUGUGUGUGUGUUUUGUAUGUGUGUAUUGAGAAUGUGUGUGUGUAAAAAAAAAAACA